GUUCGUCACCCCAAUUGUGUGCGUCUAUUGCGGUUGCUGCAUUUUCAAUAUUCGUUUUCGCCGUGAAACUGUGCAUCAAAUCAAAUAAAAGCAUAAAAAAAGCGUUGCACAAUGAACACAUUGGGUCCUAAAAAGGACGGAAGUCCUAAUAUUGACUUUUUCCAAUCGCCAGAGACGCUGCAAGGCUUCGAGUCGAUACGCCAAUGGCUACAAAAGAAUUGUAAAAAGUAUUUGGCGCACAGCUCGGAGCCGAUUACAAAGGAAUCGUUGGCACAAUUGCUUAUACUAUUUCUGCAAUAUGUAGAAGCAAAAUUGGGAAAGAACUCUGCCGAACCGCCGGCGACGAGAAUUCCGAUGCGGUGUUUUCUUGACUUCAAGCAAGGUGGUGGCCUAUGUAUCAUUUUCUCGACAAUGUUUCGCUUCCGCGCCGAACAACGCGGCAAAAAGUUCGACUUUUCUAUUGGCAAGAAUCCCACACGUAAGGAUCCCAACAUCCAGCUGUUAAUCGAAAUCGAACAGGCGCUCGUGGAAGCUGAUCUCUAUCGCAUACCCUACAUUUAUAUUCGGCCUGAGAUUGAGAAGUCGUUUGAGUCGCGCCUACGUGAAAUUCUCGACAACCGUCGUGUGGAGAUUGUUACCGAUGAGGAGGAUGCCACCCAUAUUGUCUAUCCCGUUGUGGAUCCUCAUCCGGAUGAGUAUGCUCGACCCAUCUUCAAGCGAGGCAAUCAUGUGAUGUUACAUUGGUACUAUUUUCCCGAGUCCUACGAUUCGUGGACGCUGAAUAGCUUCGACUUGCCGGAUAAUAUACCUGAGAAUCCGGAAUCGCCUGCAGAACGUUGGCGUGUUGCUGCAACUUGGAUAUUGGAUCUGGAGCAGUACAACGAGUGGAUGGCUGAAGAGGAUUACGAGGUGGAUGAGAUGGGCAAAAAGAAAACGCACAAGCAGCGCAUGUCCAUCGACGACAUUAUGUCGUUUGGAGACGACAAAAAGAAACCUACGGCCAGCAGUGGAACUGGUAAACAAAAGCGUCGUCGCUCCCCUUCGCCCACAACAUCCACGUCUACAUCGAAACCGGGCAAACGAAAGCGUUCGCCGGCCGUUAUCCACAAGAAGUCGCGCAACGAUGACGACGACGAGGAUCUAACGCGUGAUCUAGACGAUCCGCCAGCUGAGCCCAACAUUCAGGAGGUGCAUAAGGCUACCCACUCGGCACUGCAAUCAACUGCCAGCCCCGCACCAGGUGGCAAAUCACGAGCUGACAACGAUAUGAUGCCCAUCAAGGGUGGCACCAUGACCGACUUGGAUGAUGAAAUGACAGGCGGCAGCGCUGCCCAGGCAAUGUCCAUGGGCGAUGGCGACAAUUCGCAGACGGGCAAGACCAGCGACAACAGCAACACGCAAGAGUUCUCAUCGUCGGCCAAAGAGGACAUGGAGGACAAUGUGACCGAGCAGACUCAUCACAUUAUUGUGCCCUCGUACUCGGCCUGGUUUGACUACAACUCGAUUCAUGUCAUCGAGAAGCGCGCCAUGCCCGAGUUCUUCAAUAGCAAAAACAAAUCGAAGACCCCCGAGAUCUACAUGGCCUAUCGUAACUUUAUGAUUGACACUUACAGGUUAAAUCCCACAGAGUACUUGACCAGCACCGCCUGUCGUCGCAAUUUAGCCGGCGAUGUGUGCGCUAUAAUGCGUGUGCACGCCUUCUUAGAGCAGUGGGGUCUGAUCAACUACCAGAUCGAUGCCGAUUUGCGUCCCACACCCAUGGGACCGCCGCCCACUUCGCACUUUCACAUACUAUCGGAUACGCCGUCAGGUUUGCAGGCAAUCAAUCCGCAGAAGACGCAACAACCAUCGGCAGCCAAGACGCUGCUCGAUCUCGACAAGAAGCCACUGGGCAAAGACGCUAGUGGCGUCUUGGAGUGCGACAAGGCUGCUGGUGGAUUGGGUGGCAUCAAGACGGAAGCACUUGAGAAUGGUGCUGCUGGCGGUUUGUCCUCUGGCGUCAGUCAGUUUGGCCUCAAGUUAGAUCAGUAUGCCAAGAAACCGGCAGCCAUGAAGAAUCGCACAGCAGCGAGCAUGGCACGCGAGUGGACCGAUCAGGAAACGCUGCUGCUGCUCGAAGGUCUCGAGAUGCACAAAGACGACUGGAAUAAGGUGUGCGAACACGUCGGCACACGCACUCAGGACGAGUGCAUUUUGCACUUCUUACGUUUACCCAUUGAGGAUCCUUAUCUGGAGGAUGAUGGCGGUUUCCUUGGCCCACUUGGCUGCCAGCCAAUUCCGUUUAGCAAAUCUGGCAAUCCCAUUAUGUCGACCGUGGCCUUUUUGGCAUCUGUUGUCGACCCACGCGUCGCUGCUGCUGCUGCCAAGGCGGCAAUGGAGGAAUUUGCCGCCAUCAAGGACGAGGUGCCAGCAACCAUUAUGGAUAACCAUAUGAAGAAUGUAGAGAAAGCUUCGUCGGGCGGCAAAUUUAAUCCAAACUUUGGUCUGGCCAACAGCGGAAUUGCCGGCACAGGCAACGACAAGGACGAUGACGAGUCGAAGGAGGGCAACAAUAGCAGCAGCUCUGCGUCGGUCGCCAAUGACGAGGAGAUGAAGGAUCUAAGCAAGAAAGACGCCACAGAUGAGGCAAAGUCCAAAGACAAAACGAAAACGGAUAAGCUCAACACAAACACAGACUCCACAAGUUCCACAUCAACAUCAUCAACGACAACAACAACUACAUCAGCUACAACAACAACAACGCCCAUUACCAAUAACACAGAUAAAAAAUCUAAAGAUUCAUCGUCGUCGUCGUUGGCCGGCGACAAUGACAAAGCCAACAAAACUGAAAAAACGAGCAACGCCUCAAACAAAUCGGCUUCCAACUCCUCACCCACAGAGUCUGGCUCCGGCACUGGAGAUGUGGAGAUCAAAACGGAGGACACAAGCGGCGAUGGCGAGACCAAGGAUGGCAGCAGCGAUGCCAGCAGCGGCGGCGGCGGCACUGUCUCAACAGCUAACAAGGAGGGCGCCUUCAGCGAGAACAACAUGCAAACGGCGGCGGCAGCUGCGCUCGCCUCGGCAGCCGUUAAGGCGAAACAUUUGGCUGCACUGGAGGAGCGCAAGAUCAAGUCACUGGUGGCACUGCUGGUGGAGACACAAAUGAAGAAGUUGGAGAUCAAGUUGAGGCACUUCGAGGAGCUGGAGGCCACCAUGGAACGGGAACGUGAAGGCCUCGAGUAUCAGCGACAACAGCUCAUUACCGAGCGCCAGCAAUUCCAUUUGGAGCAGUUGAAGGCUGCAGAGUUCCGAGCACGCCAGCAGGCGCAUCAUCGCCUGCAACAGGAGCUGCAACAACAGGGCCAAGCAGCCGCUGCCGCCGGAUCCAUAUUGAUGCAACCCCAGCAGCAGCAGCAACAACAGCAGCAGCAGCCACAAACCUUACCGCCGCCGGCGCCGCAUCAUCAUCAACAGCAAGCGCCACAAUCGGUGGCAGGGCAUCCGCAUCAGCCGCAGCCGCAACAACUUGCGGCUCCAUCAGCGCAACAGCAUCAGCCGUUGCCACCGCAUAUAGCAGCAGCUGGUGCACCGCCCAAUGGAGCACCAUUCGCGGCGCCGCCAAUUGCACCCGCUGUGGUUUCAGCGCCAGCGCCAACAACGGCAGCAGCCGAGCAACCUGUUGCAACUGUGGCACCAGCUCAGGCCACGCCCACGCCCAUGGACACUACACCACCAGCUAAUGCACCGCCAGUUGCAGUUGCCGAUGCUGCUGCUGCUGCCGCCAGCGUGACAACCAUUGCUCCAAAUGCAGCGCCUGCUCCUAGCAUUCCAGCGGCCACUGUUGCUGCAGCUGCUGCACCAGCACCUCCCUCAUCUUAAAGGCUAAUCGUAGGCAUCUGGAACAUCUUCUCUUUAGCUUUUAAGUUGCAAGCUCUCAGUAUCUUAUUGUAUACUCUUCUUGUCUCUCCCGUUUUAUCCUCACCUCACCAUAAUGUCUGCUCCCGCUUCAGAUCCCCCUUUUGAUUAGUGUACUUAUGUAUUUUGUUGUAGUCCCGAGAUGGCGAUAGUCAUCUCCACUCCAUGUCGCCCCUUUUAAUACUUACAGAAUUUUGAACCAAGUUUCAAACCCAAAACCCGCAUUAAAAUAAAGUCUAUUCAUAUGUAUGAAAA